UGCAGCUUAUGGUAAAUGUUUUUUCUUACACAUGUAAUAUAUUUUGUUACUUCUGUUCGUUACUUCACAGGCGAUUCGCUCAUAUGAAGCCAAUCUCAACCCCACCGCCCAUGUACCGACCGUCGCUGUCUUCUGCAGUGAACGACGCGUUUAACUCAUACUGGAGAUUGUCUAGCUCGACCCGUUCAUUGCUGCAAUCGAGUUUACCGAAAUUUCGCGUGGACGCCGACGGAAUCGUGACUUUAGACUGGAAUUCGUGGCUCAGCUGUGUCGAAGCCAACGCUAAAGCUGCCAACGAUAUCGCCAACGCAAUUGAGACGACAUGGGCAUUAGCAAUGGAAGCUGAACAAUUUGUUAGUGAAGCUAUAAAUUUUGACGGGGAAAGUCGCAAUCGGUUAGCAGCUCGUGGUUUGGCUCAUUCAGGUUCAUUGGAACAGAUAGAGGCGAUGCUACGCGGUGGAGAGUAUUUCUUGGCUUUUGUAGUGGGUGUCACGGUCUUGGAAAAGACGUUGUAUGAUUUACACGAUGAAAGAUCAACGUCGAGUGGAUUGGUCACUUCUCGGAAGAAAAAUAUGAUUCUGAGAGACUUGUUGCAUUCAGACAUACUGGUUGCCACACUACCGGAAGGUUUGUCACGUUUGCUGAAGAUUUUAUUUCUGCCAUCAGGGCUAAAUCUACGUAACUUGGCUUGGCAUGGGUUUCUGGCUCCUUUUGAGCUCCCGAAGUGCUUUGGAUGCCUCACACUGCUGCUCAUCAUGGCGCUGCCGAAGCAUUUUGGUAAACUGUCGAGUGGGGGAAUAGUUGAGAAGACGGAACUCGUUCGAAUCGAUAGUUUUGAUUCUAGAUUUACUAUGAUUUAUGGAGAAAAUGGUGAGAUUCAUCAGGAUCUUACCACUGUGCUUCGCCAGGAAGCUCCUUAUGUGCGAGAUGAAGUGAUACGUAAAUGGUCGACAUCACCAUUUAUUCCAUUAGGAAGGUCGAAUCUACUACGACGAGCCAUUGAGAUGUUGGUGGUAAAAGGAGACGAGCUUUGGUUCCUAUUUGCAGUGCUUCCAGUACUCGAGCAUGCUCUUCGGCUUGAGUUUCUUCGUGUGAACCAGGAACGUGCAGGAUUGUCGAGUGCUUACGGCUUAGCUCAGAUUGACGCGUAUUAUUCCACGUUGGAUGGAUUCGGUCAAAAGGAUAAACACCAGGUGUUGCUACAUCCUGCUGUGCUUCGGGAUACUGACAAAGAAGGAAGCUCUAGUGAAGAGACUGAUGUUGCAGGGUCAGUGGCGAAUGCUCUGUAUGAAAAACUGCCUUUCGCUUCGUUAGCGGUGCUUCUGGAUCUGUUUAUGAUGUCGAACGGACCGAACCUUCGUGCUAAACUCUGCCACGGAGAAGCAAACUUGUCGAGUUUUCUCGAUAGUCGAGGUACUACUACAAUCUCAGUAGCAACUCGACUGCUAUUAGAAGCACUCGUUCUACUCUGCGAGACCAGUCGAGGACAAGACAUUGCGCAUGAAGCUGCCAAGUUUUCAACCUCUGCUCCCGUCCGUCAGUGUUUACAGUCCUUUACAACCACCACUUCAAGCUCAUUUCACCCAUUCUACCGCUUGCAUCGAGCUCUGAGUGCGGUCCACUGCGUGACAGCGGAGUUUGCUGCUUUUCGUUCACUUUGGACAACCUAUCACCUGGAAGAUGUCCACAAUCAUGGAGCCGAAACUACAAAAAUUUCAAGCCUCACUCGAGUUGUUUUUGAUACGAUCCAAACCCGUGACGGCGUCAAAUUUACGUUAGUGGAGAAAACCGACCGAGUCGUGGGGUUUCUUACAGCUUUAGAUUGGACUGCUACGCCUGAAGCAAGUACUCUUACAAAGAAGAAAACCUUUGCGCAACUGAUCAGGCAACUCGGUCGUCAAUUGCGCGACGUUGCAGAUCGAAUCUGUAGUGAUUUCAAGUCGAAUCACCGCUCAAAUGCAACGGAGAGUCGAAGCAGUGUCUUCCUCGCGCUAAUGGACGGAAAAAACUCAUCAGGUCGCAGCUCUAUGAGUCUCCUGGAGAGAUCAAUGGAACGGAACCUGCUCGCAUUGAGCGAUCAAGACGGACUCAGUGUGGCUUCGUGUAUGAUGGAGAUCAUCACGUGUUGCCAGCGAUCACUUCAGGCGUUCCGCUCCCGUGUUGAGCAAUUACAGCGGCUUGUGACUGAAGGGAAAGCACGUACAAACCACCGACGUACGUUGCUCACCAGUAUCUUCUUCCUCCCUGCAUUUGAGUACAUGCAGUUGAUGAGUUUGGGUAUAGUGGAGCAUCAACUCGUCCACUUGUACGACGUCGCUCGUCAACAAAAGAGCACAAAUAUCUCUCUUUGUCCUCGAGCCGUGAACGUGGAGCAACUCCAACGCAAACUCCUGCAGUGCAUCACGUCGUUUGAAGGUUGCACAGGCGGCAGUGAGGCUUCACAAAAGAGUGGUGAACAGGCAGUCGAGCGAGCUCUACAGUUCUUAAACUCGAAAGCUGUCAAGGCAGCGUUUCCACCUUCAAAAUGCUGAAUAGAAAAUAAUUAAAGGAUACCAGGGUGCGUCGCUUUAGGCUUGGAGCACUGUAGAAACGUGAAGAAAUAAUUGAUGAAGUGCCUUUAUUAGUUGU